AUGCGACGGAUGAUCAAGUCUCUUCGCAGGUCCAAGCGUGCACCAGACCCUCAGCAACAGACUGAACUUUGCACUGCCAUCGAAGCACCACCAAUUCAAGCCUGUUGCGAGCUUCCUGUGGCACCGCUAGCCAGGACCGGAGAGCCAGAGCUGCCGCGAGUACCAUUCUAUUACGAACCCCCUGAAGCACCGCGAAUUGUAGAGCUAGAGCUGCCACGAGCUCGAACCCCUUGCGAAGUCCCCGAAGCACCGCCCAGACCGCUCACACCUACUGCUGAUCGACGAUGCUGGCGGGACCAAGUCAUCGCCUCACCGCUGACCAGCUUUGUCACCAAGGAGCAGGGGCUCUUGCGGCAGCGUGAUGUUGACCAACUUGCCAGUGCGACGAGUGGAUAUCUGACCAGCUGGGAGAGAUACCAUGCCGGACAAGGCAGCGACCGUGAUACUCUUCUGCUGGAUCUCAUGGCUGACUGGGGCCGAGAUUCGGACAACGCCAUGGUAAGGCUGGCUUGUAUUGGCUUCUUGUCUGCAUCAGAGGCUUCAAACCAGUUGGUAUCUCUUAUUCCUCUUGAUUCUGCCAUGUACUUGCGGUGUCUCAUCGUUGCUGGUAAAUUGAGAGCAGGCCUCAUCUGCGAAGAUGAAGGGAAGGCCAUUCAACAAAUUCGGCGGUUGCAAGCCCAGUCUGACCUUGGCAUUGAGCAUGUCGAAAGCUUCCUAAACGCAUUCACCACUUGUCGUCCGUCCAUAUUCCUCCCGGACGAUCUGGUUCUAGACUGGCUAAGCAACAACGGCAUCAUAGACCGUCUCAAUGCCCAAGCCGUCACCCACUGGGAACAACGAAGACUGCACAGAGCUUUCCGACUUGUACGAUGCAUCGCGAUCAUCUGUAGCCUGCCCUGUGGCCCAGACCUACGCAACGGUUGGAACGGGUCCUUCUGGCAGGCUUGCCUGUGCUGGGUUCCAAACAUAGAGCGACUCCUUCAGUGGGAGUCAGGCUGUCUCUCAGACGCACAGAAACGUCAGCUAUCGGCACUCAUCAACCUAGAUGGACCCGACACUGCAACCUGUCGAGAAUCAUGUUUGCGGCUGUCAGACCCGGCCUGCUUCUCACGAAUACAGGUUGAGCCACGGACGACUGCCCGUCUUGAACAAAUGUUGGCCCUUCUGUCAGGCUCAGAACGUGCUGGGACCAACACUGUUGACCUGUUCAUUUAUCUCUUGAUUGAGAACCCAGCAACUCAGUCUUCAUUCGAUUUCUUCAAACACGCCCUAGAUCAAGGCGGCUCUGACGAGUCUCACCGGACUGUCCUCAGCUUCCUGCGGUCGCAGCACAACAACAGCCUGGACAUUUGCACUGAGAUGAUUGGACUUUCGAGCCUUCUUCCCCUGCUCACCUCAACAAUGCUUCCUGAUAGUAUCGGGAACCCAGCUACUAGGAUCGCACAAGUCAUGUCGGCAGCCCAGCGCGAAUUCGUGGCUCAGCUCGACAAUGGCCCGGGCGACUAUGUGGGCAUGAGCAUUCUGGCCUUUGGCAAGGCAAUUUUGGCUGCGGAAGCGGUGCAUCCAAACUUGCCACCGGAUCUUCUGGCAAUGGUGCGCAGGUUCCCUGAACGUGAUGUGGCGGAAUCCAUAUUCGAGCGGCUUGAAGAUGCUGGCCUGAGCAAGUCUAGGGAUUGUUCAGCGCUGAAAUCAUAUCUGGUGUCUAGUCUCGGCGGUUGCACCGAGUUCGCCACGGGGGAUGUCGAUCUCUCCGACAUACAGCUCGAAGUCAAGUUCUGGAAGAGCUGUCCAGAUUCCCACAGGCGGGACUUGGCGACGAUUCUGGCCAGUGUCAAGCGUCUAGACUACAAGACAUAUGUGACCUGUCUUGCGUCUGUGAUGCUUGAGAAAGAUCAGUUCAUCAAGGAGCUGCGUGUGACGCUUAUGGAAAAACAUUGGGGAGCAUGCGCCAAACUCAUAUCCUACGUCUCUCUUCGCCGAAGCCUUGGCCAGUUCUCGGCCGACUGCUGGACGAUGCUAGUUUUUGCAUUCAUUGAAGAGCAUGGCUCCUUUUCGAGUCAGGGGAAAUCGCACAUGAAAACCAUGGAUCAAUGGCUCAGCUUUAUCCAGGACCUCAUCAAGUUGACUGUGCCGGUUGCGCAAGCGCAGCUACGAGAUUCUGGAGAUGGCAUCACCCGGCGGCGACUCACCUGGUGGCAGACUCUUUCUGGGCAUGUUAAGGCACUGCAGUCAAUUGAAACCUUAGUCAAGGGAUUUGAAGAUGUCGAAUGGAUCUUUCUUACUGGCGAGGAGGCAGCACUCCUCACCUUGAUCAAGCAUGCUCAGAAGGGCCAAGACAUGCCCAAUAUCAGUCGGCUAGUCAUCUGCCAACUCAAAUCAGAUGGAAGCAAUCUCGAACUUGUUUCAAAUAUGCUGCACUCACUGACAGAACUCUCUCAACACGGUGCGGCCAUCUUGCAAAUGAUGUUGACGAGAGCGGUGGAACAGCCACAUUGGACAAACCUAUCACUGACGGCGGUGUGCAAAGCCUGGCUGAACAGCCCGCUCCCGACAAAUUUCGACAAAACAGUCUUCAGAAUGAUGAGGGAGAACCUCAAACCAAUUCCACCUUUCACUCGCAAGGCCGCAUUGUCUCUGCUGGGUCAGCUGGUAGGCCAGCACGACUCCCUUGUCGAACGUGCGGCUCAGCUGGAGACGUCGCGGUGGAAUCUCAAGAGAACAGAUGCAAGAGGGCAUUCAAAGCUGCUACGCGAGGCAGGCAUCCGUGAUACGCCUGUCCGAGCUGCAGGGCAAGGUGUUCCUGCUGAGCUGGCUGACGCAGUCGAGGAGGUCGCACCAAACGAGUACGAGUUGUCAUUCCCACUGACGGGACUCAAUGAGCUUCAACGCCUGGCGCGAGGCGUUCCAGAUGGUGCUCGACUGCUUGUCGUUCGAGUUUGUCUAACAUCCCCUACCGGAUUCUGUGUUCACUACGCCCCGAACGAUGAAGCUACGGCAAAUCGGCAUCGGUACUGGAAGAAGAGUUCCAACGAUCCUGACCGGCCCAUCUGUGGAGCGAAGCCAACACUCUUCACGUACUGUCUUUCUAGAAAUCUUCACCGACUGCUGAUGAGCCCCCAGACUGUUUCAGCAAUAUACAGCAGCAUUGAAAAGUGGGUUACUGCGUCGCCGACAACGUGCGGUGUCUGUGGCGCUCUCAUCAGCGUAAAACUGUGGAAAACCGCCGCGUGCUCGCAGCCCUGUUCGAUACGAUUUCGCCUGGCGCCCUUGGAAGUUCGUCUUCACAACCUGCUGGUUGACCCUCUGUCGAUAGACCUUCUGAUCUCAAGUGUGUAUGCUGCCGCUCUGGACGGAUCCGCUUUGGACUUGAUUCCAGGCUGCCCCGUAGCCAGAGCCUCGUUGCCUACUGUCAUCAACUCUCUGCCCUCGAUGAAAACCCUUGCGAAAGCCCCCAAUCUUUCACGAGCCCUACAAAAUAGCCGUUAUGCGGUGGAUCAGGAGAGAUUUCUCUCGUGGCUAUGCCUGAGCUUCAGAGGCUUUCUACGGAGUGUGCCGAACGGGUUUGCGAUUCCGAGCAUGCCGCAGACGCAGCAGUUCCUCCUCAUGAACUCACACCAUGAGCGAGAGAAGGCAUUUGAAACCCAUCUGGGUACCACUGCAUCUGCUGGCAGUGGACCUGUCUUCCACGGCACGAGUAUUAGCCGGCUGUACCUCAUUCUAUCAGCAGGCCUGAAGAACUUGAGCAACACGCCGCUGAUGCGUCACGGUGCGGCUUCUGGCCCGGGGAUAUACUGCGGGGACGAACAGGCCACCUCUUUGGGGUAUUCGCAGGCGAUAGGGAACACCUGGAGCAACAGCGCCAUCAACCCGCAGAUGCGGGUGAUGCUGGGCUGUGAGCUCGCCAAGUAUCCGACAGCGAAUACGCCAACGCAUGUCGUCCAAGACGAGACCAGAGUUCUGGUCCGGUACGUGUUUCUUCUCCCAGCAAACUAUCACACUCCGCCGCGCCGGCACGUUGUCCCUGCUAUGAGUACUGCAUUCGCUAUGCUUAGGUCGGGGAGGGCAACCUAG